UGAAAUAUAUUUUUUUAAUUUUUCUUUUAAGUACGAUUUUAAAACAAUUUAGUUUACUACUACAGUUUUGAAUGGUUUUCGAAGGUUUUAAACACUAGUUCAAGUGAAACAAUAAAUAAAUGAAGCAACACAUGCUAUCAGCACAGGAAUUCAGUAGCGUUUAAUUUUUCAUAUCACGCUCCAAACAAUCCCGGACUAUAUGUAUAUGUAUAUUAAUACCUGCCGUGCUCAUUUACUGUAUUGAGUUAUCAAAUAUUCCAUCGAAUUGUAACAAAGAAAUUAUUUUCAUUUAAUUUUAAUAUUUUUUUUUAUUGUCAAAUCGCUCAAAUUGGUCAAUCAAUAAAAACCGUGUUCUGUAAAUAAAAAUAAGUUAGGGAUUACCUUUAAUUCCUUGCAAUUCCAAGUUUAAAUCGCACAUUAAAGGCAUAAUGGUAGAAUGCUCGUUGUGCUCGUUGCUGAAUUUUCUAUUCAAUUGCAUCUACCAUGUGAUCAGUUGCGCUUUGGACUACCCACUCGUGGUGAUGGCGCUCAGUUUACUAAUAGCGCUGGUUUUCGUAACAAACAUUUAUACGGCUAAAUUGAUUUGUGAUUUUCGUUAUCCGGGUCGUGGCACCUCGACACGCGGAGGCAGUUGUGGUGCAGGUACAAGCGGUGGUGGUGGUGAAGGUAAUAGCUCAAUGAAUUUUGAUUAUGGCCCUGACAAUGGACCACACAAUUGGCGUUGCUCGGAUGCGAAUCAGUCACCCAUAAAUAUAAUCGAUGAGAACGUGCAAAAAUUUCCCAUACGUGAGUUACUCUGCUGGAAUCAUUACGAUGAUUUACCCAAUGGCAUUAUGCUGGAAAAUAACGGACAUACAGUUGUGCUGCGCGCCUGCUUUUCAGGCAAUACACCCACGGUCAGCGGCGCUGAUCUGCUGGCAUGUUACACUUUUGUUGAGUUGUGCUUCCGUUGGAGUCUGCUGAGCAAUGAUGGCUCAGAACACAUGCUGAAUUAUCGCAAAUUUCCAUUAGAACUACAGGCCAUGCAUCGCACCGGUCCGAGUGGUGAUUGCACAUCAAGUUAUGACUUGCUCAUGGUUGGCUACUUUUUCGAGGUGUCGGCGAAUAACCCUUACUUGGAUCCGCUUGUACAAAAUUUACAUCGUAUACAGAAGCCCGGUUCCAAAAUCGAAAUUCCACCAUUUCCACUUUCUUAUCUACUCUAUCAAUUUCGUACUGGCUUCUACAGUUAUGGCGGUUCACUGACUGAGCCACCCUGUUACCAAGGUGCCGAAUGGUUCCUCUUUCCCGAACCUUUGGCGAUUAGCGAACGCCAGUUGAACGAAUUCCGUCAGUUGCUCUCGAAAGACGGUAAAACACGCAUUCUGCGCAAUUCACGUCCCGUGCAAAGUAUCAAUUGCACACGUGUGGUCAACUUAAAUCAAUACAAUCCCAUUGAUGCGUGCCAGAUGGAGCCGCCCGUGUCUGAGGUACAAUGUGAGGAUGAAGAAAGUUUUGAAUAGAGGUUGCCAAGCAUGAAACACUUAAGUAUCUCAUAUAUUAUUCACUUGUAUAUUUGUAAAUUUGUUUUACAAAUAGCGAAAAUAUAUACCGCGAUACAGUUUAUGUAUAAAUGAA